CAUUUCGCAUCAAUCGCAUGCUGUAUAAAGACGGCAUGUUUCACGUGUAAGUCACGGCAUCACAUACCUCAUGAAUGGUGUAAGAUUUCACGUGAACAAUGCUUUAUAAUUUAGAUUAGUGUGACAAUAUUGCGCUAGUCACUUCUUUUAUCACUUGCGCUAGUCGCGGUGUCGUCUUUCAUUUUACAUGUAUCUGAGCUUGUUUUAGUGUCGUAUUGCACGUUCGGUUAAUUAGUGGAGGAAUAACAGAAGUCUUGUCCAAGACAUACAUCGACUGUGAUUCUGGGUUUUUCCAACCUCAACAAUAUGCAAGUUCUGGAGGAGAAUGACUCAUGUCUAGUAGACAUCACAUCCCCAAAGAAUUCUUUCAGCAACUGUGACUCUAUCAAAUAUUCAUCUGCUUUAUCAAUCUGUGACAGUGAGUUAUUGUGCCGUAUUUGUCGAGACAAUGACAACAAUCAAGAUUUAUUGUCACACUGUCAAUGUAAAGGUUCCAUUGGCUUUGUUCAUACAAGCUGUCUUUUAACAUGGAUAAAAAAAUCAGGAUUGGACACUUGUGAGUUAUGCCAUGAGAAGUAUGUUACGAUUUCACGAAUGAACAAACGAUUUUGGCAGUGGCAUUUACCAAGAAUUGGCGUAAAAGGAAGCUUCAAACUUCUCUUAUUUACUGGUUUUUUAUCUAUGUUUGUUGCAUUCACUACGUGGAUUCUUUGGUCACGGAUAAGCUCUUCAAAGGCAGCCAAACAAGAGCGAGCAAAAAGUGAAAUCAAAUACAGCUACAUUGUUUAUGGUGUUUUGGUUUUUGUCGCUAUGGUUGGCAUGUACGCUUUAAACUUUCGUUCAUUUACGAGUUACUUCAGAAAGUUCAUUGUCAUAAAUCAAGAAAUCACCGUCAUUCCGAAUGGAGAGAUAUGUACAGAGGAAACUGCAAAUGAUUCUUUAAGGCAACAAUGUGAAUUGAAACUACCACGGACGAAAAAAUAUCCCCGCAAGCAUGACCUACAAGUACUAAAUAAGACUCGUGUUCAAGUGCAAGUUGUUCAUAGUACAUUAUAUGGUUCUAAAUUACCUAGUGCGGAAGUCAAAGUAGUUUGAUUGCCAUAUUAUCAGUGUGUAAAUGCUAUCAAUUGGUUAUCAAAUGUGAGGCUUUUUAUACGCGUCAAAAAAAUCGAUAUUUGAGCAGUGUUGGAAAGUAGUUGUUCAUGUUUGUAACGAAGAAUAUUGUUUAUCACACGUUCUGUAAUUCUUAUUUCUAUAAAAUUCAAUAUACUUCACUCUUCAGUCGAUUAGAAAAAAUGAUACGUCCAGUGCAGAAUACUCCAUAGAAAAUUAUUUCUAUCUUGCACUUAUCUCCUUAACAAAACAUUUGAUUAGCAGCCUGAUUUAACCCUCCCCCGGCCUCCCCCUUUUUUAAACAUCGUCAUUAUUCUUAAAUAUAUAUUUAUGCAUGUCUAUGAAAAACUUUGCAAUUAAGUUAGACAAUGGAUUUCUUGGAUAGCCAAGGAAUCACGGCGGAUUGGUUUACCUAUGUAUUAUAAAUGCAUUCUGUUAAGAAUAAAAUUCAUUAAUGAUAUUAAUAUUCUGAAUGUAAGUUACAUACCUAGGUAAAUAUUAUAAAAGCAAAAUGUUGGACAUUUAUUUCAUAUUGGCAUGUUAAAAGUUAGUCGUUAUAAGUUUAUAACCAUAUCUUGAAACAUUUACUUCGUAAAAAUUGAAUUAAAUGAUAUGUUUUCUCGUA